AUGGCCCCUUUCGUAGAGGACGACGUCCAACAUUUCCUCGGGUCCUCUCCUCCUUACGAAGUGCGUGGAGACAAGUCACUCUCAAAGGCGGCUCUCGAUCCCUCGGAGUCCGUCGAAAACCUGUCGCAGCUACUUCUGAAGGCUGCAAAUACUGGCAGCAGCCUUGUCUUCUACUCGGAAGAGGCUGACGAGCUCAAGCCAAUUGUCACCUCCUACAAAGAGCUUCUUGCAGAAGCGAGCAGCAAGGCUCGCUUGAUCAGCAGCUGCAUAAAGCCCGAUUCACCUGAGCAGAUCGUUUUGCUGCACUUCGAUACCCAAAAAGACAACAUUCUGUGGUUCUGGGCCGCCACCCUUGCAGGGUAUCUGCCGACGCUUUCUCUGCCACUAGUCAACGACACUGCGCAACGCAGGAAGCAUUUGCUCCACCUGCAUGCCUUGCUGAAAGAGCCGAUCAUCUUGACCAACAAGAGACUUGCACCCGAGUUCCUGGGACUCGACCAACUCAACUUGAGCGUUGUCGAGUCUCUUCACCAGCCCCAAGUCGACCAUGUCUCCGAGCCCGUUGAGGAGUCCUUCGUCGGAGAGAAGAUAGGCUCCGACACUAUCGCCGUGCUCAUGUUGACCUCGGGAAGUACGGGCAACGUCAAGGCUGUCCCGUUGCGACAUGGCCAGAUCCUCAAAGCUGUCCGAGGGAAGAGUAUGCACCAUCGCACUGUGACAGGCGACGUCUUCUUCAACUGGAUCGGCCUGGAUCACGUGGCUAGCCUGACAGAAAUUCAUCUCCAUGCAAUGAGCCUUGGAGCCGAUCAAGUCCAUGUUUCCGCAUCUCAUCUGCUUCGAGAUCCUCUACAAUUCAUCCGCCUUCUGGAUACCCACAGCGUUGGGUACACAUUCGCACCCAAUUUCUUCCUGACCAUGGUUCGGGACAGCUUGAUCGCAAACCCGGACUUCACUGCUGAUCUCUCAAGCCUCAAAGCCCUCAUCUCUGGCGGGGAGUCCAAUCCUACUGCGACUUGUUAUGAGCUGACACGGGAGCUUAUCCGUCUCGGCUGCCCGGGUGAGGUGAUCAGGCCCGGCUUCGGCAUGACUGAGACUUGCGCCGGUUCUAUCUACUCCCUGUCCUGCCCCUCGUACGAUCUCGGACGAUCUGUUGAAUUCGCAAGCCUGGGCUCUUGCAUCCCUGGCAUGCGGAUGCGUGUCAUGAGCAUCAGCAAGCCUGGCGAACAAGCAGCCCGAGGCGAGUCAGGAGAACUUCAAGUCUCGGGUCCCGUGGUGUUUGAUCGGUACUACAACAAUGAGAAGGCGACGGGAGAAUCCUUCACCCUCGACGGUUGGUUCAUCACAGGUGACCUUUGCUUCCUCGAUGAUGCUGGCAAUCUGCACCUGUCGGGUCGCACGAAAGAUGCCAUCAUUGUGAAUGGCGUCAAGUGGAGCGCGACUGAGCUCGAGACGGCUAUUGAAGAGGAGGGAAUCACCGGCAUCGUGCCAUCUUUCACGGUGUGCUUCCCAACCCGAGCGCCCGGUGCCCCAACCGAAAGCAUUGCUGUCGUCUACUCACCUGCAUUCUCACCGGAGGACCCUGCCGCUCGCUUCGAAACGGCCAAGGCCAUUGGGAAGGUCGUCUCGCUCAUCACGGGCAAGAAGCCAGCGCGCUUGGUGCCCCUGCCCCAGUCAAAGCUGGAGAAGUCUUCCCUUGGCAAGAUAUCGCGAACCAAGAUUCGGACUGCGUUGGAGGGUGGCGAGCUCGACUCAUUUGAGCGUGAGGAUCUGCGACUCCUCGAAGAAUACAGACAACGCAACUGGCGCAGCGCCAAGACCGAGACUGAGAGGAUUGUGCAGGGCACCUUAGCCGAGCUGCUACAUAUGCCAAUUGAGGAGAUAGACGCGGAGACGUCCAUUUUCGACCUCGGCGUUGACUCGAUGCAUCUCAUCCUGCUAAAGUCCAUGAUCCAGAAGGCAACGGGCGCCGCAGUGGACAUCCCCAUGUCGGUGAUGUUGACAGAUCCGACCGUGGUCGCCAUGGCUUCAGCCAUUGACAGGCUCAUGUCCCAGCCCACCGUUUACACGCCAAUUGUGCCACUGCAACCACAUGGAUCCGGAACCCCCCUGUUCUGCAUCCAUCCUGGUAGCGGGGACAUCCUCGUCUUCAUCGCGCUCGCGGCGCACUUCCCGACCCGUCCCGUCUACGCCCUCAGAAGUCGAGGUUACAAUCCCGACGAGCGGUUCUUCCGAUCCAUCGACGAGACCGCAGAGACUUACGUGGCGCACAUCCGCGAGAUACAACCCGAAGGGCCCUACGCGAUCGCAGGCUAUUCGCUCGGAUCGACCCUGGCCUUCGAGGUGGGCAAGGUGUUGGAGGCGCAGGGGCAGCGUGUCAAGUUCCUGGCUAGCAUCGAUUACCCGCCGCAUAUUGCCCACUACGUGCAGAGCCUGGACUGGAUUGACGUGUUGCUCCACAUCGCCUUCUUCCUCGAGCUCAUUGACGAGAAGACCAUGGUCGAGAUCACGCCACACAUGCACACGCUCGAACCCUACCAGGCGCUGUCCUACAUUCUGAAGAUUGGUGACUCUGAGCGGGCGAAGGCUUUGGCCGUUGACGAGGACCGUCUGGGACUGAUUUCUGACAUUGCGGAGAACUUUCGAGUCAACGUGAAGACCUACGAGCCCCUCGGGAAUGUCGAGUGCUUGGAUGUGUUUGUAGCGGACCCGCCGCACUAUGCUGCACGCGAUCGACAAGAUUGGAGAGAGAACAAGCUCGGCCCUUGGGCCGAUUUUGCAAGGACUGAUGCGGAGUUCCAUGACUGCCCUGGUAUUCACGCGAAGAUGCUCAACAGGGAGCACAUGGCGGAUUUUGCAAAGAUCUUCAAGGCCGCCAUGAGGCGUAGAGGGAUCUAG